UCAAAUCUGCAAAGUGGUUCUGAUUUACUAUCGCUGUAUUCUAGCUGGUCUAAAACCGCUUUUGACCUAAAGGGACACUUUUUGGACGCCAUGGACUUUUCUAAGUUUCCAGGCAGAAAGAACAGUAAAAAUGCAGGCAGGGCACAGGACAAAGCACUCGGGACAAAAUGUAUGUGAAGUGCUUUGAAACAGUAAUGUUUUACUAUUUUUUAAAAUUUCCCACUGGUUCCGGCCCCCGUAUGUCACGACGCUCGCAGGGACCGGAAGACGAAUGCCGGCAUUGGCCAGAGGAGAUGGCCGGGGACAGUGCAGGGGACACA